GAUGACGUAGCAGCUAACGUUCCCCGCUGCAGCUGCGAGCUGUUUGAACCGAAGAUAAGUUUUACUCCUCAAAACAAAGCGUCAGCAGGAGAAGCUGCAGGGAUGACGGUGUCUGUGCGUGAAAUCUACGUCUCAUCGGAGCCUGACUCCUCCUACUUCCUGCGACUGGACUGGAGAGGGCAGGACUUAGGCUCAGGCUUCCAGUUGCUGCUGACUGACGGACAGGACGCCUGGAGAGGAGACGUGAGUGAGUCAGCAGUGUGUGAGGAGGCAGAGGAGCUGGAGAUGCAGACGGAGAGGUACAUCCAGGACCUCCAGCAGGCGCUGACCGAGACACAAAGCUCUGUCACUUACAGCUUCACCCUGACGCCGUCUCCACCCGACCACAGCUCCACCGUCACGCUGGCGUAUGAGAAGGUUCAGAAGGACAUCUCUUUCAGGUUGGGCUCUGUUUUGCUGAAGGCCGUCCCGGAGCCGGCGGAGGCAGUGAGAGAGUUACUGAUCCACAGCCUGCAGAGGGGAAACACACUGGAACACCACAACCAGAAACUGGAGGACGAGAACCAAAGACUGAGACGAGAACAGCAACGCAUCACUGCAGAACUGAAGCGCUAUGCUGGUGGUAAAGAAGCCCUGGAGGCAGAGCUGUACUCUCGCUUUGUUUUGGUCCUGAAUGAGAAGAAAGCAAAGAUCCGCAGUCUGCAGGAAACUGUGACACACCUGCAGGAAACCAGUUCUGAGGGACAGAAAAAAGGGGGUUCAGAAAAGUCAGAGCGGACAGCAGGUCAGGAGGAAGAUGAUUAUGGAGGAAGUACUGAUGAGGAGCCAGAGGAAGCGCACGUGACUGCAGCCUCCACUUCAUCGAUACGGGAACGCUCUACUGCGAGCCCAUUGGACGACAGCCUGAAGGACAUCACAGACGUGGCCCCCAGUCGCAAGCGGCGCUUUCGUAACCUCGAAGCCCCUAACCCAUCAAGCUCCCAGAGAAAGAGGGCCGACCCCCCUGCAGGAUCCAGUAAGCAGCAGCAGACUCCCCCCCAGCGCUCCACAGAUGCUGCAGCAGCAAUUUCAGCAGAGGAGGACCUGUUUGAUGACUUUUGACCCUUCAGUUCCACACUGGUUCCACUGGUCUGUACAAAGACAGAACAGUGGUAUAUUAUUUGGUAAAGGUGUCAUAUUUUUAUACUGGAUUUAUGUAUUAAGGUUCACGGAUCGCAGUAAAACUAUUUCUAAGGAACUGAUCUGGUUACAAGGGAGAAAAACAAUGUGCCUCUGUAAGGUGUUUUUCCACUACAAGCCUCCAAAACAGCUUUACUUCACUUCACUUAUUUGGUGUUUUGAUGAUGCUGGUGUUCUCUUAGGUGUUCAACCACUUAAAGGAUCCCUAAAAUCUCAAGAACCACCUGAGGAUCCUAAAGUGACACCAAAACCACCAAAAUCAACCCUAGAAAGUCAUUAAGAAUCACUACAAUGAGCUUAAGAUCCUGAUUGAGCCUCAGCAACACCUAAACAUUCUAACUGAUUGCUAGAACCCCUAAAAUCUCCUUCAGGCCCACUACAACCACCGAUAGGACACCUAGAACAUCCCAAAUGAUUGCAAGAACUACCUAGAAGAACUUACUACCUCCCGAAGGACUACUUAAACCAUAUAAAGGAACCCUAGAACCUCCUAAAGGACCCCUUGAACUGCCUAAAGGAAUGAAGAACAUCCUAAUGUGACGCUUCGACCACCUACAGAUUCCAAAGAAGUACUAGGACCACACCCUCAAACCACCUUAAUAAACCAGGACCUCUUAAAAGAUUGAAAGGAAACCUAGAUAUUAUGGAGGAUCGCUCAGGUUACGUAACGGAAGUGUAAAACAUCCUAUAGAUUGCUAGAACCACCUAAAGAAUUUUAAGGAUUGCAAGAACCACCUAAGGGAAUCCUAGAACAUCAUGAAGGUUUCCUUAAGUCACCAAUUGGAAGUGUAGAACAUUGUAAAUGACCACUAGAACCACCUUAAGAUCUCAAAUGAUUGCUAGAACCACCUUAAGUAAUCCUAGAACAUCAUGAAGGUGAUUGCCAGAAUCACCGAAAGAUGUUAAGGAUUGUUCGAAUCACCUAUAAGAAAUCAAGAACAUCAUGAAAGAUCACUAGAUGGAAUCCUAAUGAAAGCGUAGAACAUUCUAAAUGAUCGCUAGAACAACCUUAAGAUCUUAAAGGGAUGCUAGAAUCACCUACAGGAAUCAUAGAACAUCACAAUGGAUUGCUAGAGCCACCAAACAGAAGCCUAGAACAUCGUACCUGAUCGCUAGAACCACUUUAAGACCUUAAAGGAUUGCUAGAACCACCCUAAGGAAUCCUUGAACAUCAUGAAGGAUUCCUGGAGCCACUUCAUUUGAGUCUAGAACAUCCUAAGUCAUUGGUAGAACCACCUAAAAAUCUUCAAGGAUUGCCCAAACAAUCUAAGCAAACCCUACCAGAACCUAAAUGAUUGCUAUAGCCAUCUAAAGUAAAACUAGAACUGCAUAAAGGAUUGCUGCAACCACCUUAAGAUCAUAAAUGAUCACUACAACCAUUUAAAGGAACACUAGAACAUUGUAAAUGAUCGUUAGAACCACAGUAAAAUCCUAGAGCAUCUCUAGAACCAGUUAAGGCAACCCUAACUACUCCUGUAGGAUUUCCUGAACCACCUAGAAAAAUUAAAACCUCAUAAAGAAUCACUACAACCAUCUAAAGAUCCUAAAUGAUCCCUGGAAACACCUACACAAACCCCAGAGUAUUCUAAAUGAUUGCUAGAAACACCUAAAGGAACCCUUUAAAUCUCCUUUAGGCCCACUAUAACCACCCAUAAGACACCUAGGACAUCCCAACUGAUCACAGCAACCACCUAAAUGAACCUCAGAAAAUCCUAUAGGACCACUUGAACAGCCUAAAGGGAAACAUAGAACACCUUAACAGGUUGCUAGAACUUCUUAAAGAUCCUAAAGGAAUACUAGAAUCUCCCUUAGGCCUUCCUAGCACAACAGAUCUUAAAUGGUCCCAAGAACCACCUAAAGGAACCCCUAAAAUCUCCUUCAGGCCCACUAGAACCACCUGUGGGAUAUCUAGGACAUCCCAAGUAAUUGUCAGCCACCUAAAGGAACCCUACAGGAACCUUAACGAUUGCUAUAACCACCUAAAUUAACCCUAGAACCUUGUAAACAAUUGCUGCAACCACGUUAAGAUCCUAAAUGAUUAGUAGAACCCAAUAAAUAUUCCGAAGGAUCUCUAGAAACACAGAAAGUGGCUCUUCUUCCUAAAGGAUUGCUAGAACCACCUAAACAACCCUAGAACCUCCAUGAUGUGGUGUCUUUGAAGGCCACAGUGAGCCUAAUGUCUUGUAUGGAAGAUUCCGCGUUCACUGUGUUUCUCCACUCAUUUAUUUCAUAACCCUGUCGCCUGUCUGAAGUUCUGCAGGAUUAGGGUGUAUUUUAAAAGCUGGGAAGAACUUUUAACUUUUGUAAUGUGCUUCAUGAACUGACAAUGAAUUGUGAUUUUUACAAUUUUGCAAACUUGUCAUUUUAAUAUUUGUAAUAAACAGUGUGAU